GCGACAUCCAUCGACAAUCUAUACCACGACAACUGUCUCGAAACAUCGCAGACAGGCUGAUCGACUUAGAUAAUCGCAAAAAUGGCCGACAAUAACGCCCCAGUUACGCUGCGAACCCGCAAAUUCAUUCGCAACCCUCUCCUCGGCCGAAAGCAAAUGGUCGUUGACAUCCUCCACCCAAACCGUGCCAACAUCUCCAAGGAUGAGCUCAGAGGCAAACUCGCCGAACUCUACAAGGCUAGCCAAGACCAAGUCAACGUUUUCGGUCUCCGUACCCAAUUCGGUGGUGGAAAGACAACCGGUUUCGCCCUCGUCUACGACUCCCCAGAGGCAAUGAAGAAAUUCGAACCCCACUACAGAUUAGUCCGUGUUGGAUUUGCUACCAAGAUCGAGAAGGCCAGCAGACAACAACGCAAGCAACGCAAGAACAGACAAAAGACACUCAGAGGUACUGCGAAGGUCAAGGGUGCCAAGAAGAAGAAGGAGUAGAGCACUCGCUUCAUCUUGGGGUGGGAAAUGGUUGGUGUUGUUGGACCUGGGGAUUGGCUAUGUGCUUUGUACGCAUCUGCAUCGAUCCUCCAUCGUAUCAUGCUUUGGUGUAAUUAGGGAACGAAAAUAGAGGCAUGAUGGCAUGAAACCUCUAAUCGGUCUCUAUUAGGUCCACACUACAAACUUCAAUCACGGUGUUUUGCUCGUUCAUUACGAAAUCUGGUUUAUGUGCAGCAUGGUCAUGGGUGAUAUAAAAAUGGAAAUAUGCGUUUGCAACCUGGAGGUUGCUAUUCCUCAAAUUUUACUUCUUCUUACAUGGCUCUCUCCCAUCUUUCAUGUUACCAUUGCAUCAUGGAC